AUGCCUGGAAGACCAACUGUUAAAAGGAAGAGGGAUGCCAUAGAAAAUAAUGGCAGAACACAGACAAAAAAGAAGAAGUCUUCAACAGUUACUAAUGCCACCAAGAAGGUAACUACAAUUGAAGGUCAAGAACAGGAAGAAAUUCAAGUCACUCAAUUUGAGGUGCAAGUGACUCCAACACAGGUUCAGGAGGAUGUCCAAGUUCAAGAGGAUUUGUUUAAUGAGGUGCAAGCUAAAGAGGAUAAUGUUAGAAAUGUGCAGGUUCAAGAGCUCAAUGAUGUUAAUGUUCAAGUUCAAGAGCUUAAUGGUGCUAAUGUUCAAAUUCAAGAGGUCCCACUAGUACUAUACACAUCUGACUUAUUGAAGAGGAUCAAGGAAAGAAAGUCAGAUAGAAUCUUGAAGUUGAAGUUGGGUAAGAUAGUGGGUGAUGCGUAUGCUCCAGGGAACUCCAAGGAAAAAGCUCUUCAUAUAGAGUAG